UGAGAUAAAAGACAAUGGGUCUUUCACAUAGGACAUCUCCUAGAUUAUCCCUCAAUAGGUCUACAGGUCGUGUUCGUGUUGUUUCGCCUUCACUUCAACGCAAAAGAGCUUCGAAUUCUAUCGAAACUGAUCAGAAAGUUGAAUUCUUAGGCAACGGGGAGGAGAUUGACUAUGGCGGCAGCUAUGAAGAAAAAAAUGGUUGGACUGGAAAUAAGGUUAUGGUGGUGGUUGAUUCAAGUCUUGAUGCUAAAGGAGCUCUUGAAUGGGCACUAUCACAUACCAUUCAAAACCAGGAUACCAUUCUUCUUCUUUAUGUUAAUAAUGUCAAAUCCUCCAAACAAGGAAAAGAAUCUCCUGGAAAGAUUAAUUUAAGAGCUUAUGAAAAACUUUAUUCCAUGAAAAAUACUUGCCAAAUGAAGAGGCCUGGGGUGGAAGUUGAGUUGAUAGUGCUUGAAGGAAAAGAAAAGGGUCCAAUAAUUGUGGAAGAAGCAAAGAAACAGAAGGUGUCAUUGUUGGUUCUGGGACAAAGAAAGAAAUGGAGGGUGUGGAGAUUGAUAAAGAAAUGGGCAAGCAAGAGUGCCAUGGGAGGAAUUGUGGAUUACUGUAUCCAAAAUGCUUCAUGCAUGACGAUUGCGGUGAGGAGGAAGAGCAACAAGCUUGGAGGAUAUUUGAUUACCACUAAACGCCACAAAAAUUUUUGGCUUUUGGCCUAGUAUGAUCUCACAGAAAUUGACUAACUCAUUUGGCUGUUCUUCCAUGCAUCAAAAGGUGCAAUUCUGGAUUAGUGAGAUAAAAAUUGACCAUAAAGUUAGGCUAUUUGAUCCUAA